UUAUUGAUAUUAAACCUAAAAGUUGCCCUUAUAUGCUAUUAUCCCAAUCUAAAACCCUCCUUCGCACGCGCAUGCAGAAGAAUUACAGACUCAUGGCCCGCCUUGUUCAGGUGGCGCGAAGAAUUUUCCUCUUCAAAUCUUCAUCUUCGUGCUCUCAAGCCCUAAUCUCAAGACUACAGCCAAAUCCUCAUCCAAUCGAGAAACCCUUAUGUAGUUCUGUUAAGCAGGUCCUGCGCACACGAAAUUACAUCAAUGAGAUGCGUCACUCCGCCGUCGAUGCGAACAUACUGAGAAUGCUUCGCUCUGAAAUUCAGUACGAGUACGAAUAUUCUCGUCCCCAAAAGCCUGCUACGGAAGUCUAUUCGUUCAUUGUGGAGGACCGGCCGGGGGAACAGUGGAUUAGACUGAGAGGUAAAUGUGAAGACGAGGGAGAGAUUAAGAUUGAGGCUACGAUGUUUGAUGAGUCUAUUUCUGUUCGCAAAUCCGGAUAUGAUGCCAAAGGGGAGGAUGUGCAGCCUCACAUCAAUGUGAUUGUUGAUAUUUCCAAGGGGGAGGGUAGUGAUGUGAUGGAGUUUGUCUGCAUGGCGUGGUCGGAUUAUUUGGAGAUUCAGAGAGUUUUCAUGCUUCAGCGUGAUGGAAUACCUGCAAGAUCUUACGUGGGACGCAAUUUUAAGAAAUUGAGUGAGGAUCUUCAGGAUGCACUCCAGGAAUUCUUGGAGGCGAGGGGGGUAAAUGAUGAACUUGCUGUUUUCUUGCAUGAAUAUAUGAUUAACAAAGAUAAAACUGAGCUUAUCCGAUGGAUGGGAACUGCUAAAUCUUUUAUUGAGAAGUAAAUGUAUUUGUUAGUCAAUGUGGUCUUGCAUUCUUCUUUCCUAUCAUUUUUGUAGAUUGGUUGUUAGAUAUCAUUGCUGAAAACUGUAUUUUGCAGUUAUCAGUAUGCUUGUGUCAUUCUCCAUAUCAGGUGCCUAUAAUGUUAAAGGAAGCACACGAUUGGUAAUGUCAGAAGUUGAUAUUAAAAUAGUGAAUGAAAUGAAGCCACUGUAAACAUAUUAUAUGCAAUUGUGCAUUUCUAAGGUGUCCUUAAAUCCAUUAUUAAUGUCUAAAUGGGUUUCUUCCCCUGAUUAUUUGUGAUUGGACAUGGAGCUUGAAUGAUU